UGUCGCAUUAGAAUGCAACUUACGUGUUGAAUCAAUCCGAAUUAUUCAGUGAAAAUGUUUAAGUUAUACACAUGGCCCCUUUUUUUUGUUUCAAUUAUUAUAAUCGAAGCAUCAAGUGUAAAUUCUAAUAAGCAGUGUGUUCGCUGUAAUGAUAUAUGUGCUGGCAUGUAUGCAUAUAUUCUCCAGUGCUCUAAUAAUUGGGCCCAUUGUGAACAUGAAAUGCUCGAUAUCUUUUUAAACUCUGGUCAUAACGUAAAGGACGCGAAAAAAGAAUGUUAUGCAUUUUUUGAUCAUAUUGGAUGUAAAGAAGGUACCAUCAUAUGUGAUAGAUUGUUGAUUUUAAUGACAGAACAUAUUGAAGGUGAAAAUAAAUUAUUUUUAAAGGCAAAUCAUCUGCCUCAUCAUACUAUUAUACGCCAACAAGUUGAAGAAAAUAAUGAUGUGAAUUUUGUUGAUAGGUUGAUAUUGUGGUUUAGAAUUUUUACAACAAUUAUCAUAUUAUUUGUUGCGCAACUCAUUGUACAUAUUGUAUUGGCUUAUUUUAUAUUGCAAGUAAAUAUAAUUGCAAUUAUAUUUUCUCCAAAAGAAAAUAAUGAAAAAUCCGAUCAAUUUGAUGAUUUAUCAAAAAAAAAUGUUGAUGUUAUUAAUGGAGAGAAUAAGGUUGAAACUUCUUGAGGGGCUUAAACAUCGCAAAAACAAACAAAAAAGUUGUUGUAAAUCAAACGUAACAAUAUGAUACAAAUAAAUGGUGAAUGUUAAAACAUAAAUGUUCCAUUUAAAGAUAUAUAUGGUUCUUUUAAAGAAUUU